CCGCCCUUUUCACUCACCCUGGCAGCAUCUCCUCCCUCGCCCAUCCAUCCACUUGUGACUCGUCCUCGUCCCACCACGAGCACACGCGCCGGUCCCGGAGACGACCCUGCAAAUUUCACUCAACCCACCGGGAUCCCUCCUCCUCUCGGCGCUGUCCAAAGGCCGCCUUCAAGCCCCCGUGCGGCCUACGAACAGCCCGCCUCCAUCCCCGGAUCAACAGCACCUGUGAUCCACACCCACAGAACCACCCACUUAACCCUCAAGUCCACCGAAACCCCGGUUCGUGCUGGCCCGUUUGCCGAGUACCCCCGAGCCAAAACCCUCGAGCCGCGUAUCGUAAUCCGCGACCUGGCGAGCCCCCCACCAAACACCAAGCCGAGUCUCGACGGGAGAAACCUCGGAGCUAUAUCAUAGCACCUAGACAGCCUCAAGUCCGGGGGACGCACCCACGCCCAAGAGCUGGUGAUACCACACAGACCAACACGCCGUCAAGAUGGCAACGAAAGCGGCGGCGGUCAAGGAGGCCGUCAAGGAGACCUUGAUAGGCUCGACCGAGGAGCCCGCCAAACUCUCUGCCCAGACCAAGGCGCGCUUCCACAAGUUCGCCGCCAAGGACCCGUCCUCGGGAGAGCUGUCCAUGGGCGUUGAGGAGUUCACCAACGCCAUCGCCCCGCCAGAAGAGGACUACCACAAGAUCAAGCGCGAACAGUACUCGAUCCUCUUCAGGGUGGCGGACCGCAAGGGUGCCGGCCGCGUGUCCCUGGCCGACUGGGCCUACUUCGAGAAUGUCCUCAUGAAGCCCGACGCCGAGUACGAGAUCGCAUUCCGGCUGUUCGACGUCGAGCGCCUGGGCACUGUCAAGUACGAGGACUUUAGGCGCCUGUACGAGCUCAACAAGGGCGAGCACACCAUCCCCUUCAACUGGGACUGCGAGUGGGCCAAGCUGUACAUUGGCGACAGGAAGAAGCGCCACAGCAUGGACUACCCCCAGUUCUCGCAGAUGCUGCGCGGCCUGCAGGGCGAGCGUAUCCGCCAGGCCUUCCUGCUCUUCGACCGCGAUGGCGACGGCUUCAUCGAGCCCGAAGAUUUCGAGCGCAUCAUCCUUGAGACGUCCAAGCACAAGCUGUCGGACCACCUGCUCCAGAACCUGAGCACGCUGUGCAACAUCUCGAAGGGCAGCAAGGUGUCCUACGCCAACGUGCGCGCCUUCCAGAACAUGAUCAAGGAGAUGGACCUGGUCGAGCUCAUUGUGCGCCGGGCCUGCGCAAAGAGCGCCGAUGGCAAGAUCACGAGGACUGAGUUCCUGAACCAGGCCGCCAACAUUACCCGCUUCUCCCUAUUCACCCCCAUGGAGGCCGAUAUUCUCUUCCACUUUGCCAGCCUGGACGAGCCGUCGGGCCGCCUAGGCCUGCGCGACUUUGCAAAGGUCCUGGACUCGUCUUGGAGGAGCGAGGGCCACCCGCGGGCGCAGGCCGCCAUGUCGGCCGUGGCGGAGGCGGGGCGGUCGACGGCGCAAAGGUUCCUGCACGAGGCCCUCGAGGGCGCCUACAACUUUGGGCUGGGCAGCGUGGCGGGUGCCUUUGGUGCCUUCAUGGUGUAUCCCAUCGACCUGGUCAAGACGCGCAUGCAGAACCAGCGCGGCGUGCGCCCCGGCGAGCGGCUGUACAAGAACUCCAUCGACUGCUUCCAGAAGGUGGUGCGGAACGAGGGGUUCCUGGGCCUGUACUCGGGCGUGCUGCCGCAGCUAGUCGGCGUCGCGCCCGAGAAGGCCAUCAAGCUGACGGUAAACGACCUCGUGCGCGGCUGGGCGACGGACAAGAACGGCAACAUCGGGUGGGCGAGCGAGGUCUUGGCUGGUGGUAGUGCAGGCGCUUGCCAAGUUGUCUUCACCAACCCUCUCGAGAUCGUCAAGAUCCGACUCCAGAUCCAGGGCGAGGUGGCCAAGACGGUGGCGGACGCGCCCAAGCGGUCGGCCAUGUGGAUUGUGCGCAACCUUGGCCUGAUGGGCUUGUACAAGGGCGCGUCGGCGUGCCUGCUGCGCGACGUGCCCUUCUCGGCCAUCUACUUCCCGGCCUACAGCCACCUCAAGAAGGACGUGUUCGGCGAGUCGCCGACCAAGAAGCUCGGCGUCCUGCAGCUCCUCCUCUCGGGCGCCAUCGCGGGCAUGCCAGCCGCGUACCUGACGACGCCCUUUGACGUCAUCAAGACGCGCCUCCAGGUCGAGCAGCGCAAGGGCGAGACGAGCUACACGGGCCUGCGGCACGCCGCCAGCACCAUACUGAAGGAGGAAGGGUUCCGGGCCUUCUUCAAGGGCGGCCUGGCCCGCAUAUUCCGCUCGUCGCCCCAGUUCGGCUUCACCCUCACCGCCUACGAGAUCCUGCAGACCUCCAUCCCCUACCCGGGCGGCAAGGCCCGCGAGCUGGCCGGCGCCACGGGCCCGCUGCUCGGCGGCGGCGGCGUCUCGGCCACGCUGUCGGAGAAGGCGUCGGUGGACUCGAGCCCGUUCGCGCGCAGCAGGAGCGCGCUCAAGAUCAUCCUCGACCUCGACGAGGACUUUGGCAAGGUCAAGGUCGGCGGCGAGGCGUGGAGGACGCUGCCCGGCGUCAUGGGGGGCGGUGCUCGCUCUGGCUGAAACUAAAAAAGAAGAAUAGAAAAAGACAGAACCAGAUCCGUCAUUUGGAUUCCUGGGGAUUGGGUUUAUCUAUGGGGUUUCUUUUGGCAGGGAAAAGAAAAGAAACGUUACCUCUUUUUUUUUGCUCCUUUGUCCUUGUUGUUUAUUGUCUUGUUUACUGCUGUUGUGUCGUGUCUGACCGAGUUUUUGGCUUUCCAUGUCGUGGUUGAGCUUGCCCGAGUGAUAAUCUCAGCCCCUCUGACUCCGACCGGAUGGCUCUUCCUUCCAUUUGGUGAGAUGGCCGUUGGGAAAGAGCGGGCGAGGGAGGGGUGCAAGCACCUGCAUGGACAACUUGAGGACGGGGCGUGUCCAAACUCGUACCACUUUGCGCAGCUGUCUGCUGGUGGGACCUUCCCUCUUCAUCUCGCCAGAACCCGCCAUCCUAUCUUUUUCUUUUUCCUUUCAGGCCGUCUGAUUCCCUAAUUCGGACGGACCGUCACCUUUCUUUUCCCCAAGGCAAGAAAAAACACUGCCCAAGUUGGAGAUUCUUUGUUUUUAGCAUGGGACGGGAUUUGGGAAGACGGAGGCGGUGCACAAGCAUGAGAAAGAAGCAUAAAAUCGUCGGGAGGGAACAUUCUAAUCUUGGAGGCCUCUUAUAUUCUUUGUUUCUGUCUUUUCUUGCCCGCUUCAUUCUGACAUUUUCCCCAUUUGGUUCGGCGUUGAAACGAGGUUGCCUUUUGGGGGUAGCAUCUUGCAUUUUUCCGCUUCCGUGCUUCUCCGGCACAAGCUCCUUUUGAUUCCAACUGUUUUGUUUCUCAUGUGCUUCAUUGCGACUCUAGAAGGUAUUAGAUCUUGGAGACGAGCCGUGAUGCUGUUUUCGUUUGUUGGGGUCGUCGUCUGUACCGGAUAGACAGAACUUGAUACUUCCAUCUGUAGUUUGUAUUGGCAAUUUCUCCUUAGAACCACCUG